GCCCAGUCGGGACCUGGGAGAGUCGGUGCAGGACGCGCGCGCGGCCUGCGGACGUGCUGGCGCCGGGGGCGUCGGGGUCCUGCCCGAACCGGGGGCGGCGCCCAUGGCGGGUGCAGCCUGGAAGGAAAGGGCCUGCAGUUAGACGCAGUCUCCACUUGAAAAUGGGUCUCCGGGGCUGGGCAUCUUCCCAGCCUGCUUUUGUACAAGAUGUUGGGGUUUUUGCAGCGCCCUGUAGUGGUGACGGCUGACAUCAACUUGAACGUCGUGGCUCUGACUGCCCUGGGGUUACUGAGCCGGCUGUGGCGACUCUCCUAUCCAAGGGCUGUGGUUUUCGAUGAGGUAUAUUACGGCCAGUACGUCUCUUUCUACAUGAAGCGGCUCUUCUUUUUGGAUGGCAGUGGUCCGCCGCUCGGCCACAUGCUGCUGGCCUUGGGAGGUUAUUUGGGAGGAUUCGAUGGUAACUUUUUGUGGAACAGAAUUGGAGCAGAAUACAGCAGCAACGUGCCCGUGUGGUCCUUGCGCCUGCUGCCGGCCCUUGCGGGGGCCCUGUCGGUGCCCAUGGCCUACCAGAUAGUGUGGGAGCUCCGCUUUUCUCAUUGUGCCGCCAUGGGAGCUGCGCUGCUGGUGCUCAUCGAGAAUGCUCUGAUCACUCAGGCGAGGCUGAUGCUCCUGGAAUCGGUGCUGAUAUUCUUUAACCUGCUGGCCAUGCUGUCCUACCUUAAGCUCUGCAACUCCCAGAAGCACAGGCCCUUCUCUCUGAGCUGGUGGUUCUGGCUGACGCUGACGGGAGUGGCGUGCUCCUGUGCCGUGGGCAUCAAAUACAUGGGUGUUUUCACGUACUUGCUCGUGCUGGGAGUUGCUGCCGUCCAUGCCUGGCACCUGAUAGGAGACCGGACUUUGUCAAAUGUCUGUGUGCUCUGUCACCUGCUUGCCCGAGCAGUGGCUCUGCUGGUCAUCCCGGUCAUCAUGUACUUGCUCUUCUUCUAUGUCCACUUGGUUCUGCUCUGCCGCUCUGGGCCCCACGACCAGAUCAUGUCCAGUGCUUUCCAAGCCAGCUUGGAGGGAGGGCUGGCUCGGAUCACACAAGGCCAGCCCCUGGAGGUGGCUUAUGGGUCCCAGGUCACCCUGAGGAACGUCUUUGGCAAACCAGUGCCUUGCUGGCUUCAUUCCCAUCAGAACACCUACCCCAUGAUAUACGAGAAUGGCCGUGGAAGCUCCCACCAGCAGCAGGUGACCUGUUACCCCUUCAAGGAUGUCAAUAACUGGUGGAUCGUGAAGGAUCCUGGGAGGCAUCAGCUGGUGGUGAACAGCCCUCCAAGACCCGUGCGGCAUGGGGACAUUGUGCAGCUGGUACAUGGCAUGACCACCCGCCUCCUCAACACGCACGAUGUCGCGGCCCCCCUGAGCCCCCACUCGCAGGAGGUCUCCUGCUACAUCGACUACAACAUCUCCAUGCCCGCCCAGAACCUCUGGAGGCUGGACAUUGUGAACAGAGAAUCCAGUACAGAGGUUUGGAAGACCAUCUUGUCGGAGGUUCGCUUCGUGCACGUGAACACCUCCGCCAUCCUGAAGCUGAGCGGAGCGCACCUGCCUGACUGGGGGUUUCGGCAGCUGGAGGUCGUCGGGGAGAAGCUGUCCCCGGGCUACCAUGAGAGCAUGGUGUGGAAUGUGGAGGAGCACCGUUACGGCAGAAGCCAGGAACAGAAGGAGCGGGAACUAGAGCUGCACUCACCUACUCAGAUGGACCUGAGCCGAAACCUGAGCUUCAUGGCCCGAUUCUCGGAGCUGCAGUGGAGGAUGCUGACGGUGAGGAGUGAUGAUUCCGAACACAAGUACAGCUCCACACCGCUGGACUGGGUCACCCUGGACACCAACAUCGCCUAUUGGCUGCACCCCACCACCAGUGCUCAGAUCCACUUGCUUGGAAACAUAGUGAUCUGGGCAUCGGCCAGCCUCGCCACGGUGGUGUACGUGCUGCUCCUCUGCUGGUACCUGCUCAGACGCCGGCGCAGCAUCUGUGACCUCCCCGAGGAUUCCUGGCUGCGCUGGGUGCUGGCCGGGGCCCUGUGUGCCGGCGGCUGGGCCGUGAACUACCUCCCCUUCUUCCUGAUGGAGAAGACGCUCUUCCUGUACCACUACCUGCCCGCGCUCACCUUCCAGAUCCUCCUGCUCCCCGUGGUUCUGCAGCACAUCAGCGACCACCUGUGCAGGUCCCAGCUCCAGAGGAGCCUCUUCAGUGCCCUAGUGGUGGCGUGGUACUCCUGCGCCUGCCACGUGUUCAACACACUGCGCCCACUGACCUAUGGGGACAAGUCGCUCUCACCUGGCGAACUCAGGGCACUUCGCUGGAAAGAGAGCUGGGACAUCUUGAUCCGAAAACACCAGUAGGACACAAGCCAGGGAAGGACGCGUGGGCUGGGGUCAGGACAGGUAGAACCAUCUUUUGUAUUUAUUUUUGACAAGCAGAGUGGCUCUAAGCUUGGUGGAGACUGGCCAGGCUCGGCAAGGAUUCUGUUCUGGUUUCAUUCUUGAAACAGCUCUCUGAUGAGCACCUCAUCCUGAGCAGUCUAAUUCUUCCAGGCAACAAAACAUGCCCUCCGCGUCCAUCUCCUAAGAGCUGAGGACACAUUGAGUGUUGAGUGGCUGGUGUGGGACUUGUGAUGGAGACGGCAAGGCAGGCGGGGGGCUGGCAGCGACAGGGUGUUAGGGCUGAAGCAGACGCGGUCCCCGCCUAGCUGACCGAUGCGGGUGUGAGUGCGACCAACAGGCCUGGGCCUCCCUCCCAAGCACCCGCUGGCCUGUCCCCAGUGAGGCCUUAAGGAAUCGCCCUGAGCAGGUCAGUGUCACAUAAGCUACUGGAACGACGAGCCUUUGCUGAGGCAGACGUGGGACCCUCUGGGCACUGAGAAGCCCGUGUCAGUCCUCACCGCUGCUGAGACCCCCUGCAGGAGACUGCUGACGUGUGCGAGUGGGCUGCAUCUUCAGCAGUCUAGGUUGUGUCAUCCAUGCAUCUCCGUGUCCUGAAUUUGCUUUUUAAUGUAAUUAAAAAGGGACAAAUUGGCACCCA